AUGCCCUUUGGCCUCUACUUCUCAAGCAACCAUGAAUGGUGCGCUCCAACCAUUUUUGAGGAAAUAUGUGGUUGUGUUCUCCUCUGCCAAUUCAAGUGCAUUUUUGCUCAAAACCAACUCAAUUACCUCAACCACAUCAUUUUGGCACAAGAAGUGGCUCCAGACCCAGACAAAGUGGAGGCUAUGUUAGCCUGGCCGAUUCCGAUAACUCCCACAGCAUUACGAGGCUUCCUUGGCUUAACCAGAUUUUACCACAAAUUCAUUAAAGGCUAUGCAACCAUGGCUUCACCACUUACCACACUUUUACGGAAGGAUCAAUUUUGUUGGUCCCCAGUUGGGGACCAUGCUUUUCAACAUCUCAAAACUUUGAUGACCCAAGCCCCUGUUCUUGCCACUCCAAAUUUUUCAAUCCCUUUUACGAUUGAAACAGAUGUGUUGGGAUCCACCAUUAGGGUGGUGUUAUUAUAG